AUGGACCACAAAGAAGCACAAAAUAUCAAAGCAUCUGUUUCCCCUUUACCCCCAGUCGAAAAGCACCAUACACCUCAUUUUGUCUUGAUCCCCCAACCCAGUACCCACCCCCGGGACCCUUUGAAUUGGCCUCCUACCCGCAAAUAUGUAAUACUGGCACAGCUCAAUCUGGCCGACCAAGAGAUGCUGUACCACAAGACGAAGCUGGAAGAGUCCUAUGCUAACUCAGCCGCGCUAGCUGGCAUGGCCGCGGGCCCAUUCUUCUUCGCCCCGAUAUCUCACUUGCUCGGCAGCAGCUCCGUGAUCUUCUGGUGUGUGCUGUUUACACUAGUAUGUCAGGUCUGGGGCGCUGUCAUGACUGAGCCUGGCAACUAUAUCGCAUACGUGAUGUCCCGGCUCUUUGCUGGCUUCUUCGGUGCCGUACCUACAGUGCUUGGCCCUCGUAUCGUGACCGAUCUGUUCUUCUUGCAUCAGCGUGGCCGUGCUUUUGCUACUCUGCAUAUGGCGUUCUUGUUUGGAACAAUUGCUGGACCGACGUUUUCGGGCUUUGUUUCUGCGCACUCGUUUUUCCCUGUUGAAUUCUGGUGGACGGUCAGUCUACUAGGAUUCACGCUUAUCUGUUGUUUCUGUUUUCUUGAGGAAACCGGAUUUGACCAUGAAUGCUUUGAAAGCAACCCGGAAAUUCCAGUUGGAAUUUUGGCUAAUAGAUUCGCUACUUUUUUCUUCGGGAAGAAGGUUGUCUUGCCGACUACUUGGAAAGAGACGGUCAAAAUCGGAAUCACACCCUUCUUAAUCGGAAUGUGCCCAGUGACGAUCAUCAUGGGAAUAUUCACAUUAAUCUCCUUUGGAUUCUACGUGGGUGUCAACGCACUCACGCCGGUGUGGCUCCAGAAGCCUAUCUCGGAAGGUGGCUACGGGUUCUCACUGGAACAAAACGCGGCAUUCACAUUCUGCCAUUUGAUUGGCAUCGUUGUUGUCCAAUUCUACGGUCACCUUCUCAACGACCGGCUGCCGCUCGCUCUGGCACGACGGUAUAACGGUGGUGUCUGGAAGCCCGAGUAUCGACUGCAUGUCCUGUGGCUUCCGAGGGUUGUGAUCAACCCUAUUGGUCUAGGGAUUUUUGGUGCAGCCUUGCGAUAUCAUCUGCACUACAUGGUACUGGUGCUGGCAGUCUUUAUUGUGACUGUUGGGUCGCUGGCUAGUGUUCCUGUCACGGUGAACUACGUCGUCGAGUGUUUUACGCGAUAUCCGGCUGAAGCUGGCAUUGUUCUUGGUGCUUAUCGCAUUGUCUAUGGAUUGACAAUUAGCUUCUAUAUCAAUCCUUGGGUCGAGGCUGUCGAUGUUGGCUGGGUUUAUGUACAACAACACACUCUGCUCGACAUAAUAACUGAUAUCUUCCCAAUCUACGACAACAUGGAGGCCAUUAGAGAAGCCUUUGAGAAAUGCCAGGCCGAACGCCGCGCUGCGUUGAUCACCUACGUGACACCCGGCUAUCCAACCAUUAGCAAAACACCGGGGAUCAUGCUCUCAAUGCAAGCCGGAAACGCAGAUAUCAUCGAACUUGGGAUUCCAUUUACGGACCCCGUGAACGAAAGCCCAGCUAUCCAGCAGGCCAAUGUCAAGGCCGUCGAAAACGGUGUCCACAUUCCACACAUCCUGCAAAUGAUUAACUCGGCCCGUAAGCAAGGUCUGGCUGUCCCCGUGCUGCUGGUAGGGUACUUAAACCCUAUGCGUGCAUAUGCCUACGGAGAGCAGAAGCUGCUUCGAUACUGCAAGGGUGCCGGUGUGGACGGGCUUAUCAUUGUUGACGUUCCCUCGGAUGAUGCGGUGCGAUUCCAUGAUGUAUGCAAAUCCAAAGGGCUGUCGUACAUUCCUCUCAUUUCCUCCUCUACUCCGAACGAACACAUCAAAAUACUUUGCAAUAUCGCCGACUCAUUUAUGUGUAUUGUAGCUCGGACGGGAGUUAGCGGAACCUAUGAAAAGCCAUAUGAGUGCGUGGGAAACCUGCUCUAUCGUGUGCAUGCUUGCACUGGGAAUCCGGUCCCAGUAGCUGUCGGGUUUGGUAUCGGCACCCAACAAAAUUUUGUUGACAUUGCUCGUCUCACUGAAGGCAUCGUCAUCGGCAGCCCAAUCAUAUCCAUACUGGGAAAUGCGACUCUUGGAACUGGUGCUCAGAAGGUCAAGGAGUACUGUCUUCAAGUUGCUGGACGCACCGAAGAUCAAAUUGUCAUCACAGAAAGAAAAGAUCGAGCCACCGAACCCUUGUCUCCAACUACUAUCUAUCUUUCCUAUGAUGGAGCAGGCGAUACCGAACACACCGGCGUUCAAAGUCCUCGGUGCCCAUAA